GGUCAGUCUCUCCAGCGUCCCGGUUCUAACAGGUCGGAGCUUGCCCUGCCAAGGGCCGAUCAGGGCAGCCCGGAACUGUGUUUUGGGACUUCCUGACUCAGGUGCGGCGCCCCUCGCCCGCGUCCCCGCCAUGGAGGUGCUGCGGCGCUCCUCGGUCCUCGCCGCCGAGAUCAUGGACGCCUUUGACCGCUCGCCCACCGACAAGGAGCUGGUGGCCCAGGCCAAGGCGCUGGGCAGGGAGUUCGUGCACGCGCGGCUGCUGCGCGCCGGCCUCGCCUGGAGCGCGCCCGAGCGCGCCGGGCUGGUCCCCGGAGGCCGCCUGGCGGAGGUGUGCGCGGUGCUGCUGCGCUUGGGGGACGAGCUGGAGCUGAUCCGGCCCAGCGUGUACCGCAACGUGGCGCGGCAGCUGCACCUGCCCCUGCAGUCCGAGCCCGUGGUGACCGACGCCUUCCUGGCCGUGGCCGGCCACAUCUUCUCUGCAGGCAUCACGUGGGGCAAGGUGGUGUCCCUGUACGCGGUGGCCGCCGGGCUGGCCGAGGACUGCGUGCGGCAGGCCCAGCCAGCCAUGGUGCACGCACUCGUCGACUGCCUGGGAGAGUUUGUGCGCAAGACGCUGGCGACCUGGCUGCGGAGGCGCGGCGGAUGGACGGACGUCCUCAAGUGCGUGGUCAGCACGGACCCCGGGCUCCGCUCCCACUGGCUGGUGGCCGGGCUCUGCAGCGCCUGCCGCUUCCUGAGGGCCGCCUUCUUCAUGCUGCUGCCCGAGAGAUGAGCCGCCGCCGGGCAGCGGCCGCAGCCUGGCCUGCCGGGCCCAACGCAGGGGCCCUUAGCGCCCGGAAAACACCUCCCUGCUCCCCCAAGCGAGCGGGGCCGGCCGGCCAGUGGAGCCCCGCCCUGAGCCCCCUCCCCGCAGACCCAGGCCCUCCGGGAGGGUGAGUGGGGAGGGCCCGAGCCAGCUACGGCCCUCCCCGCCACCCUUCUCCUGGAAGCCUGUGUCUUCCCUUCUUCCGUGACAAGAGUCACGGCCAACUCCCAGGCCCCAAAGGCACGCACGCUCUCGCUGGACGCCCUGGGGUCCCCUCCCAGGAGCGGGGCUGUCUCAGGACGCGAGUCUUCACGGCCUGCGCGUCCCGUCUGAAGGUGACUCUGGUCUGGCCAAAGCUGGGGAAGCCGCGGGGACGUCCUGACCCGGGAAACAGAGCAGCGGGCUCGGGUGCUGGCUGCGUGAUCCGUCUCUGAGGGAGAAGGUGUCCCAUGCCUGGGGCAGGUCCUUGUGUGGCGGGGACCAGGGCCAGGCGGCUGACGCACCUGACAGUGAACGCACCACCGUGAGGAGGAGGGCGAGUCUGCACGGGUCAGAUGGCGGGAGGGUGACCCCAGUGGCCGGCCUUGCGCCCAUUCUCACGACCACGCGGGGACCUGUCAGGGUCCCCUGAGGAGGGACAACGGGGAAGCCCAUCCCUUCAGCUAGCGCUGGAGGCCCGAGGGUCCCUGUCCACACGCACACGAGGCGUCCCCCGGGCCCCAGCAGCCAGCGCGGCAGGCGCCCAGGAGACCCAUCAGGGGAGAACAGGCCUGGCCCAGCAGCCUGCCCGCCCCGGACGGCCCAUCCGAGCCCGCCCUGCCAGGCGAGGGCCGGGGUCGGCCGCGUGCUGGGACAGCCAGGGCCCCAGCCACAGGGCCCGCUGGAGGGCAGAGGCUGGUAAUAAACUCUUAGACAGUGUCUCUCACUAUGUUA